AUGUUGCCAGAGCGGGCUUUGAGCCGGCCAAUUUUGGUGGAGGUCCUGACGGCGUACGAAGAUUCGCCGGAGGAAGCCACGGAGGAGGUUAUGAAGCUGUGGAUAGGGCUUUUGAAUCCCAGCCUUGUCUCGGCUGUGCGCCCUGGCCGGGGCGUGGAUGUGGUAGCAGACAUUUACAAAGAAGACGAGGUUAUGGGCAGGACGCUGAUCCCGUUCGGCCCCAGUUUGGUGGAGGUGUCGGAGGAGCAUUUUGCUUUCCACUCGGCAGAAGAACAAGGGCCUCCGGAGGCAGAGGAAGUCUCCGGAGAUCCUAUGGAAGUGAGGAUGCAAGAGAUGGAGAGAGGUAUGAAAGCAGUGCAGGCGAGCUUAGCCGAGCUGGUGCAGAACAGCAGGCCUCCAUCAAAGAAGGUAGAGGUCGAAGCCAGGAAGAGUGCCUUGAGAGCCCCGCCUUUGCCGGGCCUCGACCCUGCAGUGGUGACAUCGGCGCGAGAAGCCGGCAUUCCAGAGGAUCAGCUUCGCAGGCUCAGCGGCCUUCUUGCCAAGGGCAACAAGAUGACGGACGUUCCGCGGCCGAAGCAAGCCGCCACCAAGCUCGUCGCCGCAGAUCCGCUGAGCGAAAGCGAAGCCGAGCCUGCGUUCGAAGAGGUGGAAGACGCCACGGAGGAGGAAGCUGCAGGAGCUCCCAUCGAGCAAGCGGUCAAGCAGCUCACAAAGAUCGUGGGCACUUUGGCAAAGGACAGAGAGAAGAAAGCAAGGGAUUUGGAAGCUUUGCUGGAUGGUGUCGAGCCCGAAGGCGAGAGUUCGACCUCGAGCACUGGCAAGGGCAAAGCAGCAGUCUACAAAAGGCUCAAAGCCUGCCUCCAGAGCGAUCCCGCUUUCAUCUACGAGACGGUCGAAAGUCUGUUGGAAAAAGACUUCAAUGUGAUGCGCAGUGCACCGGGCGCCUCAGUCCAGAGCACCUCGGCACGAGCUUGGUUGGAGCACAGGUCGAGGCUGGGAAACUAUGCAGCCACGAUCAGAUACACCUGGAUUCUCUGCGGGAUCUGGGAUGCCCUGCGGAGCGGGGCAGUCAAGGAGGCGAGAGCCCGAGAAGUGCUGUUGGAGGAAGCCCCGCCGAUGAGCAGUUUUCAGCAGCGGCGGCAAGUCGACCAAUGGGACCAGCCAAGCUCCCGUCUGCUCGACGAGAGGUGGCAGGAGGUGCCGAUGUGGCGGGUGAAGUCCCGCGAUUCCUACAUAGAGAGCAGAAAGCGCCUCUCAAGCACCACCAACCGCCCAUCCAGAGAGGGGACGGGCAAAGGGGCGGAUUCCAGCAGAGACGGCAAAGACAAAGGCAAGGGCAAGAAAGGCAAGGACAAAGACAAGAAGCCGCCGGGAGAGAAGCGAGCGACCGAAGGGAGUAUGUGGCCGCUGCCGGCUCCUUUCCCGGAAAUGCACCGGAGGGGUGCAAACCGGACUCAGCGCGACGCCGCGCGCAAACUGGGACUAAACUUUUUGGUCCUGGUGCUCAACUUUUUGGGUUCCCCGGCAGUGCAUUGGAGGAGAGCAAUGCCACCUUUGGGGACCCCUUUGAACUCUACGCAGUGGGCUUUUGUCCGCAGCCUUCGACACCAUGUUGAUGCUUGGAACUUGGAAGAAGAUGUGACGAGCGAAGCCAUGGGCCGAGCUGCUGCAAAGGUUGAGAACGUGGAGGCAGUUUUGGAGAAGUUAGAAGAGGAGGCGCAGAGCGUUGCAGAGAAGCUGCAGCGCUACAAGCACCGACGAAAGAAGGUGCUGCACACAGACUGGGGUCAUAGAGGAGACCCGGGCGAAGUGGUCGGUCAGAUGGCCCUCAAGCCUGGCCAUCUUGCAAAAGCAGUGGAGCCCGCGCGCCUGCAUUUUUGGGGCGUGCCAAGUUUUGAGGCGGAGGAGUUCAUGGAUGAAGAGAACAGGGCCGUCUUUUUGGACCCUCUCUCGCAUGCGGCUGCCCCUGACCUAAACCAGCGGCCACCUCCGCGGGUGAAAGUCAGGAUUGCCCGCAGAGACAAGUUGGCUCUGCUUGAGAAGCUGGACAGCGUGGAACGGCUCGCCUUGGUGCCUAGCAGCAGCAUCAGGCAGGGCUAUGAGAAUGGGCUGUUCACGGUGCCAAAAGAUGAAGUGCGAGACAGGAUGGUGCUGGACGCCAGGCCUCCGAAUUGUUUGGAGGACAACACUGACGUGUGGAUCCGCUCUCUAGGGUCCUUAGUGCAGUUUCAGCAUUUUUUCUUGGAGCCAAAUGAAGAUGCCAGGUUGUUUGCGGAGGACUUGAGAGAGUUUUACCAUGCCUUUUCCAUCAGUCCCAGCCGCGUUCUUCGGAACGCCUUAAAGCUGAAGGUGAAGCCUCGACUUGUGGAGCACCUGAAGUGUUUCCAUCCUGGUCUGCAGCAUGAGGAGUUUCUGGUUCCCUGUUUGCGCACAAUGGCGAUGGGGGACAAUAGAGCAGUCAGUUUUGGGCAGGUGGCUCAUUUGGGCGUUUUGCUCAGAACAGGAGCUUUGCGCCUGGCGGAUUUCAUCUGCCUGGCAGCCCGGCCGCCCAGACAGAGGUGGCUAGCGGGCUUGAUGAUAGAUGAUUUGGUUUUGGUUGAGGCUGUGCCAAGAGAUGUUUUGGGGUAUAGCUCAACUUGUGAGGCCAUCAUCAAAAAAGUCAGAGAGCAGUACGAGCAGGUGAAGUUGCCUCGCCAUGAAGGCAAAGCUGUUUACAAUCAAGCACUGGGGACUUUUUGGGGUGCUCAGUUUGACGGAGAUGCGGGGUUGCUGAGACCCAACCUCAAACGAGCCAUUCCUCUGGCCUUCAUCAUCCUGCGCGUCUUGGAGCUUGGAAAAGUGAGCGUCGGUUUGAUGGAGGUCGUUGCAGGGUCCCUGGUUGCCAUUUUUCAGCUGCGUAGGAGGUUUAUGUCCAUCCUGCAAGAAAUUUAUGGUUCCCAACGGGGACGCAGAGAGGAGGAUGUGGUGCUGAUCAGCGCCGACUUGAGAGAUGAGCUUCUGUGCGUUUUGGCCCUUCUUCCUCUCUCUUGCAUAGACAUGCGCCUUGUACCUUCUCCUUACCUUGUUUGCAGUGAUGCCUCGAACAGUGCAGAAGCCGCAGUCAGAACGCGCAUCGGCAGUGCAGCCACACGGGAGCUGCAGAAGUAUGGUUUGCAGAAAGGGAUGUGGAACAAGCUGCUCUCUCCUCUUGCAAAAGCUUUUGAGCGUUUUGGCAGGGGAAAGCAAGUGAGAAGUAGGAGGCACAUCAACAUAGGAGAGAUGCGGGCCGCUUUGGCCGCUGAGAAGGAAGUAGGCAAGGAGCAGCCGGGGUCCUAUUAUGUGCACCUGCAAGACUCUCAGGUCAGCCUGGCGGCACUCGUCAAAGGGAGGUCUUCCUCCCGCUCUUUGAACGAGGAGAUGCGCAGGUCGGCUUUCAACCCUGCUGACGACCCUACAAGGGAAGCGGAUCUGCGAAAACCCAGCCUGGAUGAGCCUCGCUGGCUGACAGAACUGCAGAAGGGCGACUGUGGAGAAUUUGACAAGGAGAUGUUGCGCUUGGGCAGCCACCUCAGCCAGAUGACUGGGCUGCCGCCAGAGGAGAAGUUGAAGCCUAGGUUGGAGGUAGACUUGUCGAGCUCUGGAGCUUUGAAGCGCGCCAGACGCCGAGCCGGCGACAAGAAGAAAGGAUCUGCAGCAGUUGAACGGUUAGAACCACCAGUCAAAGAGGCUGGGGUUGGACUGUGGAGAGCCGGGCCUUGUGACGUUGAAGCUCUGAGCGCUGAGCGGCAGUCGCCGGUGGAGGAGACCGGCGGCGAGCUCGCGAUCGGGCUGGGCCAGGCCCACAACCAUACGGCCCAGGGCGCUGAGCGACAGUCGCCGGUGGAGGAGACCGGCGGCAAGUUCGCGACCGGGCGUCAGCAGAUUGCGACACGGUCCGGAGAGCGCCUAGGCACCCACUUGAUGCAUGCAGUUUCCAAAUCAGAAGAAAACGGAAGUGGCGCUGAUAGCGUCAAUGCCAGAGCUGAGGAGGCGAGCCAGAAGUCCCAAUGGAAGUCGGAGGCGCAGAAGAAACGCGCGCUUCUUGAGCUUAGCCAGUUUGACAGCUCUCAGUUUUUGUGGUCAGAAGGCUACGCCAGUUUGGAGGAGGCAAUCGGUGACGGCCCAGGGGUGUUAGACCUUUUUUCUGGAAGCAGAGGAUUUUCGAAAGCGAUGGUGCGGACCGCGAAAACUUGGGUCCUCACUUUCGACAUUGAGCACUCUGUUUCGGAAGAUCUUAGUAAAACCCCCCUCCAACACAACUUAGUAAGGCUAGUUAGGCUAGGACUCUUUGCCGCCAUGGGAGCUGGACCUGUCUGUGCGUCAUUCAGCACAGCCAUAACACCGCCAGUGCGCACCAUCGAGCAUCCCGAAGGGGUCGAUUGGUGCUCAGAAAAGCAACAGCUGAAGAAUGAACUGGGCAACAACUUUUUGGCUUUUGUUUUGCAGAUCACUCUUGCGUGCCUGGAUGCAGGGGUGAUCUUUUUUGUGGAGAACCCUGAUGGGUCUUGGAUGUGGAGGCAGAGACGCCCUGACUUGAGCUGGAGCAGCGUUUUGAGACGUCCUGGCGUCGAUGAUUUCAGGGCGGACUUUUGCCGUUUCGGCACAAAGUGGCGAAAGAGAACUAGGUUUCGGACCAACAGUCACUUAGGCGGGCAGAAGCUGUUCUGUAUUUGCAAGGGCCACCAUUUGGUUCUGCGCGGGAGGUGCAAACAGAGAAAGAUGAACAUGACAAAACUGGCUGAACCCUACCCGAGGGGAUUGUGCAACAUGUUGGCUGGAGCGAUAGCAAGGGAUGCAGGUUUUUUGGGCGAACGCCGAAAGCUGGACGUGAAUCUUUGCGCCCGGCAGUCUUCUUGCCGGAUUGGGGAGGCAUCUCACCCGGGGCCUCGUCGCGCCCCGGGGCAAAGGCCCCCCAUCCAUUUGGGAGAUGUGGAGCUUCUAGAACCUGCAACUAUAGCUAUCAGAGCGCGAGUCAUGCAGCGGUUUUUGGACUGGUUUGAGAUGGAGUGUCCCAACGCCGACUUUUUAUGUUGGCUCCGCGUGCCGAGCUUAGCAGUUUCCUUGCUGGUGGCUUUUGGGUACUUUGCUUUUGAGACUGGCUGCCCCCUGUUUUACUACAGACAGUUGCUUGCACAUGUUCAGAGAGAGCAUCCGCAGUUGCGUCUUUACAUGUUUGCUGCCUGGGACACAGUGAGAAAGUGGGAGAUGCUGGAGCCUAUCCAACAUCGUCCUCCCAUGCCGGAGCCUUUAGUCAGAGCUAUGGCCACAGUGGCCGUGUCAUGGCAGUGGAACAGGUGGAUCAAAGAUCCAAUCAAUGCAGCCGGCUGCGACCCGCGGAAGAUGGCCGUGUCGUGCUUGGAUCGAGGCCUUUUUGAAUUUUGCAUCCGACCAGGUGAAACGCUGGAUUUGACGAAGAAUGCGUCCUUUUGCAUGAAGUCUUUGGAGAAUACCAUCGCCCUUUCGGAGGCCCUGAAGAAGAAUACGGUGGUCAAGACUCUGGUGUUGCGGGAAUGCGAGAUCACUGACGCUGGUGCUGAGGCCCUUGGGCAGGCGCUGGCCGAGAAUCAGUGCAUUGAGGACUUGGAUUUGCAGCAGAAUCACUUGUCCUCCAGGGGCGUCAUCUCCUUAGCUCAGGGGCUGCGAAGCAACCACAGCGUGAAGACAUUGAACCUGAUGACUCAGCAGCUUGGUGCUAGGAACCACAAACUUGGGGAGGAUGCGCUGGAGGGCUUUAUUGCGAUGUUUCAAAGCAAUAUGACUCUCACCAAGCUCAUGUGGAAGGUGGAUUCGCGUCGUGCCUGGGAAGUCUCCAAAUUGAUCACCCGCAACGUGGAGAUUGCCCGCCGUGGCACCGAUGGUGUGAUGCCCGCCCCGAAGCCUGCGCCCGCGCCCAAGCCAGCACCGGCACCUGCAGCAGCCACGCCAGCGGCCAAAGAAACAGCGUACCCGGCAGCAACAGAGCUGCGUACGCCGGCGCCCAAAGAGACGGCAAAACCAGCGAAGGAUUCGGGAGCAGGCGACUUCAGAAUUCUUCCGCUUGCUGGUUGGGCCAAGAUUCAUCAGCGGUUCGCAUAG